UGAGAAAUUUGAAUGAGAAUCACUGGUUGAAAAUAAAGCUGUACAGGCCGCAGUUAUGUACAAAUUUUGGAGCAUAAUAAGUGUUAGUGUAUAUUUAAUUGUCCCAUGAAUUCAACGAAAGAAAUUAAAAAUGCAAAUUUACCCAAUGAUAAAAAAUCUGAGAAUGGAGAAAAAAAGACAGAUACAAUUUAUUAUCGAUUGGCGGUGACACUGCUUGCAAUAGGCUUUGGAUUUCUUCAUGGUUGGCAUGUAUCAACACUUUUUGAAAAUGAUAGACAUUUUUCACAUCUUUCCGAUAUUGAAAGAGAAAUGUCAUUUAGAACCGAAAUGGGAAUGUAUUACUCAUACUAUAAAACAAUUGCAGAGGCAAAUAAUAUAAGUUCAGGUAUUGAAAAACUUUUAUCCGACAAUAUUUCCGAAUAUCCAAAUGUUAUUGAUGCCACUAUGAAAUAUAGUCUUUUACCAGAGGUUACCGCAGGUUCUCUUUAUCAUAUUGGAAAAGAUUUUGGUCUUUUAACAAAAAAACAAUGUUGGCAGAUUGAAAGAGGAGAUGAACUUCCUCCAAUAUUAAGUUGUGAGGGAAUGGAGGUACCAAUUUAUUUUUAUCUCGAAAUUGUUUGGUUUCAUGCAACAUUUACUGGUUCAAUAAUAUUUCUCUAUGCAACUUAUUUAAGUGGUUCUGUUUAUGGUGGAUUAUUAGCAAUAUUUUCCUUUUUUUACAAUCACAAUGAAUGCACAAGAAUUCAAUGGACACCACCAUUGAGAGAGAGUUUUGCCUAUCCUGCAUUACUCUAUCAAAUGUAUAGAAUAACAGAAUUUAUAAGAGGACAUCGACAAAUCAAAUCAAAAACUCAUAAAUUCUAUACAUAUGUUGACAUUUUUUUAGCAAUGAUGUACAGUUUUUAUAGUUGGCAAUUUUCGCAAUUUGUAUUUUUCACACAAAUUAUUAUUAUACUAAUUCUCAAAUGGAUACGUAUAAUACCACGUGAUUUAUCAAGAAAAAUUUGCCUCAUUCAUGGUUUAUCGGCAUUAACAAUAAUAAUGGAUUCAGAAAAUACAUUAUUAUCACAAUCAUUAUAUUGGUGCCUUUUAAUAAAUCAUAUAUAUUGUGAAUUUAUUAGCGAUAAAUUAAAACGUUUUUUUAGUUUAAAAACAAUAACAUGGAGUGAAAUAACAUCGACAAUUAUUGGGACAAUAUUGACAAAAAAAUUUAUCAUCAAAUCAGAAGAUGACAAUCAUAUAUUUCAAUUACUUAUGUCAAAAUUAACAAAUUAUAAAAAUUUUCAUACAAUGUUAUAUACAUGUGCGCCUGAAUUUGAUUUUUUGCAAUAUGAAACAUUUAAGACAAUUACAAUAACUGUUUUAUUGCCAACUGUUAUUCUUGCUGGUUUAUUAACAUUGUAUUAUUGGUAUAGAAAUUUUAAAAAGGAAGGUUAUCCCGAUUGUAUUGAACCGGAAAUUGCAUACAGUGCAUUACAAUGUGGUGCAUUUAUUUUAAUGGCAAUAUUUAUUAUGCGAUUGAAAUUAUUUAUGACACCACAUUUGUGUAUAAUUUCUGGAUUGGUAGUUGGAAAACGUUAUUUGGCAAAAUUUGGUAUUAAAAGUGAAGCAUCACGUGCUGCAUUAGUGGCAUUAAUUUUAGCAUUAAUGACUUAUAAUGGAAUGCAAAGACUUCAAGAGGAAAGAAGUCAUGUUGGUGAAUAUAUGAAUAUAGAACAAGAAGAAUUAUUUGAAUGGAUAAAAUUAAAAACACCAAAAAAUGCCGUUUUUGCCGGUAAAAUGGCAUUAAUGGCAAAUUUAAUGUUAUCCACUGGUAGACCAAUUGUGAAUAAUCCAUAUUAUGAGAACAAAGAAAUGAGAGAUCGAACAAUGAAAGUCUAUGAAAUGUUUAGCCGAAAGGAACCUAUGGCUGUUUAUGAAACUCUGAGAAAACUUCAUGUUGAUUAUAUAGUAUUAGACGAAAAUCUAUGUUACGGUUUUGGCAAUGUAAAACCUGGAUGUAGAAUGGUGGAUUUAAUGGAUCUAUUGGAUAAUGGAAAGGAUAAAAAAUUAGGAAAACCACCAGUUUGUCCAAUUCUUUAUCGAGGCUACAAUCAUCUUUUUAGAAAAGUUUUUUCCAAUCAAAAUUAUGUCGUUCUAAGUUUGGAAUAUUCCAAGUAUGUUGAAAUAAAACCGAAAAAAACAAUUACUUAUCAAUCGUAAACAAAAAAAAAAGAAAUUAGAAUUUUUCCAUAAUAUUAAUUUGCAGAAAAUACACAAAAUAGUAUUAUUAUUAGUACCACAGCCAAUAUGCUAUAUAUAUAUCUUACUCUCUUUAUCAAUGUUCGCUUCAUAAUAGAAGAAAAUAUUAUCAACUCCUAAAAUUAAUUAAUCUUUUUUUAUUAGACAAAAAUUAAAAUUUUAUUUUUUGUCGAAAAAAAUUUUUUAAGUAAAAAAAAAAACUUGUGCAAUUUGUGUACAUAUAUACAUAUCGAAUUUAAAAAAAAAAUUGUUCAUUAAUUAAUAUUUUAUUGUUAAUUUAAUUUGAGAUAAAUAUUUCUAACUAAUGGUAUAACAAAAAAGAGUUAAAGAGAUAUUUUCCAUGUUGAAGAGAUUUAGUUACAAGACUGUUACAUAUAAAUUUUAACUAUAGAGAAAAAAAAAUAUUCUAAACUGUUUAUUGGGCAAGGACAAUAAAUAGAUUUAUUUUAGAAUAAUAUGCAAUUAAAUUUACAAGAACAAAAAUAUGUAUAGCAGCUAUUAUUAUUAAAAAUUGUCAAGCAUUUGAAUUUUUCUCAAGUUAGGAACCAAAAAAAAAUACUGUAAAAAGAUAUUUUUACAUCUUUUUUUUUUCUAAAUAUUAAUUGCAAUUUAAAACAAAAAAAUUACUUAAAUAAAUUAUAUUUUGUGGCUUGCAAACUUAUAAUCGAAUGCUUUUAAAAGCCGAAUAGCGAAUAAUAAUAAUAAUAAUAAUAAUAUUUGUUGCGCUACAAAGAACAAAUGAGAGAUUUCAAAAUACGUGAUAUGCAAUAUUUAUACUUAAUCAUGAAAACAACGAAAUCUAUGUCUAUAUGUCAAAAAAAGAAUAAAAAAAUUCUUUUAAACGCCACAACUAUUUAACAAUUUAAAUAUAUUAUAAAAAAUGCCA